ACUCAGCUGUCAGUUCUGUGUCAAAGCCUUCAACGCUGCCUGCUCCACGCGCGGUGGAAACCACACGAUUUGUAUUGUAUACUUUAAAUACUGUAGCUGUAAUAAAUAAGUAAAACAUAAAUAAAGGCAUCAACACGUUAUGGUCGGCUUUUAGGCUGCCUUAUUAACUGUAACUGUAAAUCCACUGAGAACUAACACAGUUAAAGGCUUAAACCCCGGCGUGAUGCAUUCGCUGUCUCAGGAGAUCCAAGGCUUCUCCAAAGGCCGCCUGAAGAAACAGUGCACGCGCGUCACCACCGUGAUGGGCCGGAGGCUGAUGGAGAGGAGGGGUGAUGCAGGGGAGGAGCAGGUGGAAGAGCUGGAGGAGGAGGAGGAGGAGGGGGCAUGUGGAUUCGUAGAAGAUAAAAGUCUGGACCUUCAAGUUGGGGUUGUCAGGCCCUUUCUACUGCUGGCCUCUCAGGAUGCAGCCCACGACAUUGACACCCUGCAGAGAUAUAAGGUGUCUCACGUGUUAAACGUGGCCUACGGAGUCUCCAACCUGUUCCCAGAUCAGUUGGUUUACAAGACGCUCCAGAUCCUGGACCUCCCGGACACGGACAUCACUUCCUACCUCGGGGAAUGCAGCGCCUUCGUAGAUGGGGCACGAGAAAAGGACGGUGUUGUGAUGGUUCACUGUAACGCGGGCGUAUCGCGCUCCACCUCCAUCGUCAUUGGCUACCUGAUGUUGGGGGAGGGGCUUUCGUUUGACGAUGCGUACAGCCAGGUGAAGAUGGCGAGGCCCUCAAUCCGCCCGAACCCCGGCUUCUACCAGCAACUACAGAGCUACAAACCUUAAAGCAGCUGAAACAAGCUUUAAAUAUAUAUAUAUAUAUAUAUAUAAGCUUUAAACAAUAUAUAUAUAUAUAAAUAUACACAUUUACGUUCAUUUUUUGCUCUGUUUUUGGGCUCCACCAACUCCUAAAGGGAGUAUCUGGAUCUUUAGCUGCUAAUUGCUCCACUAUGUUCACGAGCUCUUCUCCAGACUGUCAUUGGAUGCUGAGCAGGAAGCGUACAGUUGGUUUUUAAAGGCUUUUUUUGGGGGGACUGAGAAAGUUGAACCAAUGAGCUGAAAGGUGCUAAAAGAGGAGCUGCAGAUUUGAGUGAUAUAUCUCUGUGGGGUUUUGUCACGGGGACUCUUAUCACAUUACACCCUCUUUUCUCUUACCUGUGGUUUAAUUUUUCAACAUUUUAAUUUUUUUUUUUUUUAUAAUGAAAAUGUCAAUGGCUCAAUCUCAUCAAAUUGCUGCGGGGAAGAUGAUUUAAAGGGGUUUUAAUGUCUCGCUCAAACACACAGAAAUAAUGAAAAUGUAUUUGCAAUAAAACAAUUAAA